AUGGAUUUUUCAACACGUGCUCAGUUAACAAAUAAUGUUAUACAGAAUACCGAUGUAGAUUGUAUUGGACCAAAUCUCAAAACAAUGAUUACCUCUAAAUGGAAUAUAGAUGAUAACUUUUUUGAAUUUGAAACAGAGUCUCUAGAUUACAUAGAAAUGGUCUCACCACAAUCAAUAAGUUUCAAAUACCCAAUCAAUUCAAAGAAAUUCAGGACAACUUUAGGAAAAAGAAUUGAAGAACCUUUGUCUCUAUCUCUUUUUACUGCACCUUUAAAAGAUUCUUUAAUAAUUUUUCCAGAUUUAACACAAUCAAACAAUAUGAAUUAUGGAUUAUAUAUAAAUAAUGAUUUAGAAAACACUUUAAAUCCUUUUGUGUGUGGAAGUGCCUAUUUUGUAACAAGAAAUAUCCCAUCAAUGUCAAAUUUUAUUUCCAAUAAUUUAAUUUCAUAUUAUUUAACAAGUGAUUUCGAUUUCAAUUCUUUCAAAAAUUUAUCAACACAUAAUAAUAUAGGACUUAUACAAUUAAGAGGUUUCACAGGUUUAACAUAUCCACUGGUUCCACUAUCGAUAUUGUUAGGUUCAAAAGAUCCAAAUAGUGAAGAUAUGUAUCCUACUAUUUAUUAUAUAUCUGGGCCAUUAAAAAAACUUCCAAACUAUAAAAUAUUUGAUAAUACAGAUAUUUAUCAGUUAUCUUUUGAUUCUAAUCAAAUUAUUGGUGAUUUACCAAAAUGGGAUGGUUCAAAAAACAAUAUAACAACCUUAGAGUUAAGCUCAAAUUCAAUAACUGGAACUAUUGAUGAAUCUUAUUGCUCUGUGUAUUUAAUUAUUAGUAAAAAUUUAAUGACAGGUAAAAUUCCAGAAUGUUUUACAUGCCAUUUUAGCGAUACUACCUUUAAAUCUAUUUUUAGUCAAAAUUCAUUUGAUAACUACGAUACAAUAGGAACAUGCAAAACUAUUCCAAAGUUAAAAUUUUCAAACCAAACCUUUUGGAAACUAAACAAAAUAGUAACAGAACCAGUAUUAUCAUUAAUCGGUCAAAAUAUUGGAUAUUCAAUAAGUGAUAUUGAAUCAAAUAUACCAUUUAAUUACAUUUUAAAAGCCAAUUCAAUAUUUAUUGCAUAUGGUUCCUAUACUCCAAAUAGAAUUAUUCACGAAUUAAGUUUCAAGAGUACUGGUCAAAAAUUUACAUUAACUCCAGAUCCAUAUCCACCAUUAUUAUCAAAUAUAACAUCAAAUAAUCAUAUUUUAGUAUUCAAAGGUUUAUAUUAUUCAUACGAUAUCACUGAAAUAACAAUUACAAUUGGUGAUAAAUCUUGUGUUGUAACUGAUUCAACAUUUUAUCAAAUCACAUGUACUUUAAUAACAUAUCCAAAUCAACUGAAUAAUGUACCAGGCACACUCAAAGUAGAUCAAUUACAAACAACAUUCAAUUUAAAUUUAGAUAACAACGAUGGUAACGAAGUAUUCAACAACUAUACAUCAUGUCCAGACAACUGUGAAUCAUAUAAUGGUAAUAUAUGCAACUAUAAUACUGGUAUUUGUGAAUGCCCAAAAGACUGGACCGGUGAAAACUGUUAUACUCCAAUCCAUUAUGUAUCAUCAAUAACACCAACAUACGAAGAUGGCGGAUUAGUAACAAUGAAUGGAUGGUUUGGUGAUAUUCAUCAAAAUUUAAAAGUAACAAUCGGUAAUCAAGGAUGCAAAAUAGUUACGAUAUCAUCAAAUACAAUCACAUGCAACAUUGGAGCAGGUACAGGUAAAAAAGAUGUAAUCGUAUAUCAAAAUGGAAUCACAUGGAAAUCAUUAAACUUUUUUAUAUACCAAUCAAAACAACAAACAUGUUUAAACAACUGUAUCGAUAAUAACCAUGGUAUUUGUAAUACAUCAAAUGGUAUUUGCGAAUGUAAAUCAGGAUGGACUGGAUUCGAUUGUAAUUCACCUUCAAAUAAUAAUAACAAUGGUAAUACCAACAGUACAGUUAAUCCAGACGGUUCAACAACAAUUAAUAACGAUCAAACAACAUACAAUAUAUUAAUCACAUCAUUAUUAGAACUCGAUAUCAACAGUGACACAGUUAAACAAUAUCCACUUCAAAACAAUUGGAAUAUUACAUCAAAUGAUAAAAACGGAUCAAAUGUAACAUUCACACAAAUAUUAAACGAAACUGAAUGCCAAAUCAUAUUAUCAAUUCAAGAAAUAGAAAAUGAUAUUCAAUAUUCAUUUGCAGGUUUAGAAUUCAAAUUAGAUAAAGGUUCGAUUAAAGUAUCAGUAUCAAUUCACAAUUACAACUAUCAAAGUCCACUCAACACAUUACAAUUACAAAUGAUAUCAAAUGUAUCAGAUACAACAUCGAACGAUUGUAACAGUAAAUCAGCAUCAACAUCAACAUCAAUAUUAGACAAUCAAACAUUAAACUAUAUAUCGAUCAACAAAGACAACAAGAUUCUAUAUGGUAGAUUUAUAAACAGAGCAAUAUCAGAUGGACACACAACAUUAAUCACCACAUCAUUAGUAUCGAAUCAAAACGAAUCAAUAACCAUUGGUAUUAACAUUCCACAUUGCAGAACAUCAUGCUAUAUCGAUCCUGACUUUUCAGUAAUAAUUAGUCCUGAUUUCAAAUCAAACUGUAACAACAAAUCCAAAAAGUAUGUAAUUCCAGUUGCUAUCGUUGCAAGCUGUUUCAGUGUAGCUGCAAUUGUUGUGAUCACUUACUUUAUUUAUAAAAGAAAACAAAAGAAAAUUUUUGAAAAGAAAAUUAUUAAUUUAAAUAAUUUAAAUAAUAAAUAA